AUGCCAUCAGAAGACAAUAUCACAUUAGCGUCAAACGUCCUCGGCACUAUCGGGACAGUUCUCUGGUGCAUUCAACUCAUACCACAGAUCUGGUAUAACUGGCGCCGUAAAAAUACAGAGGGAUUUCCCGCGGCGAUGAUGUUUCUCUGGGCAAGCUGGAAUAUUACCCAAAAGAGGAAAGAGGAAAAAGGAAAGAAAGCUUCAAGAUUGAAGUUGGGUUUGCUUACAAUUGUGAUUCACGCAGGCUCGGUUCCAAUGGGCGCAUAUCUGAUUCUGCAGCAAGUCAAUAUCCCGUUGCAGAUUCAGCCUCAGAUCUUCGGGUUCUUUUCUCUUGUUAGUUGGAGUCAGGUUCUUUAUUAUAACCAUAAUUAUAGCAAAACCAAGGCCGUCCUGGUCUGCUCGGGGACGGUUGUUUUAUUUGGAGGAUUGGAGGCUCUUCUUAUUCUGACAUUGAGGAUACCAUAUAAUGACGGUGUGACAUGGCCCGACAUCGUGGUUGGGGUUAUAGCCGCCAUUCUCCUUACUGCAGGACUACUGCCGCCUUAUUUUGAAUUAUGGAAGAGGGAUGGACGUGUGAUUGGCUUCAAUUGGGGUUUCCUCGCCAUUGACACGAUGGGCGGUCUAUUUUCCCUUUUUGCGUUAGGUAUGAGUUGCUCUACCUGGAAAUCUAUGACAAGGAGCUCACCUAUUUAUAUAAUAGCGGCACAAGGCUCUUUCGACAUACUAGGGGGGGAUUAUGCAGGGAUAUACAUUAGCCAUCUUUCCUGGCGAAUCCGCUAUCGCAAGCUGCUCAAGGAAGCAAAGGAUUCAGGGAAAAGUAUUGAUGAUUUGCUUUUACUGAGGAAUAAUAUGCAAGAAACGGGGGAUAUUGAAAAGGGAAUUCUUGCUGCUUCUACUGCAGCCAGUCCUUCCGCUUAG